AUGGAACUUCAAGGAAACCACACAAAGGACGAGAAAAACUGGCUCUACAAAGGGAAGAAGCUAGAAACAGUGAAGGAAUUCAAGUACCUCGGAUAUUGGUUUUCUCGUAGCGGGAAUUACAAGAAGCACACGAAGUGGACUAGCGGAAAGGCACACCAAGCCCUGAACUCAACUUGGGGAGUCAUAAAAAGGUCUGGCCGAGCUGCGCUGAGCAAUCGUCUUUAUCUUUACAACACUUUGGCAAACUCAGGAGCAUUGUAUGGAGUUGAAGUUUGGGGCUGGUCCCAGAACCCUGAAUUUAAUAGGCUCUAUGCUGGUGCACAUAAAAUGGCCCUGGGAGUUGCCAAAAAUACGCCAGAUUACUUAUGGCAGACGGAAGCAGGAGUGCCAAGCAGCCUAUACGUCACCAAAAGGAGAGCGACUAUGUACCUGGUAGACAUAUUGAAAAUGGAGCAUAACAGGUGGCCGUGGUUGGCGCUAAAAGAAGAAUGUAGGAGCAUACUGAAUGGAAAAGCUUCAAAAUGGGGUGAGGCACUGGUGCAGGCUUUAGAUGAGAUGAAAUGUCAGGAUAUUCCGAGACUGAUAUGGCAGGAAGCUGAGGUAGAGGAAGUGCAGCAGAGACUGGAGGAAGGGCUGAUGAUAAUGAGAAACAAGUAG